AUGGAUGGAAUAGGGAGAUUGGGCCAUGACCCACCACGCGGGCCCAGUGCGGUUUGGCUAAGCGGUCAGUGGCGGGCGCGCUGGCGGCGCCGGUGGCGCGGCUGCGCGCGAGACUGUAAGCGCUCGCCGUCGCCCGAACAUGCGCGCGCGCCCAGUACACCACCGCCGCGCCGCUCGACCGCGCGCACCAUGCUCAACAUGAAGCUGAAGGAGCGCCUAGCGCUCGCGCUCAGCGCCUUCCUCGUCCUCUUCACCCUCAUGCUAAUAGUGGACCUCCAGAUGGACUAUGGCAUGUCCGGCCACAGGGUCCCGCUGCACGGCCGUGUCAAAGUCUCCGACGAUGAGGAUAAGGGACGCUCGGCCUACAUCGAAUUCCGGAAACGGUUCCUCCAGAAAAGCAACGGCAGUAAUGGUUCGAGAGAAUACGAGCAAUCCGCGCCGAGCGAAACUAGCAGUGGUGGGGAGCCAGAGCCACGCACCCCAGCGCCCCCAUCGGACAAAUACGAAGAUCUGGAAGAAAUCCUCCAUGAACAACUGCAAGGAAAACUGGAAGACCAUCAGGUCGUGGUCCCUCCACAUCGAGACUUGAACGUGUUGCGACCGGAAAACCCGACUAUUGGAGAAAUGGAAGAUCUAGAACCGAGUAUAAAUGCUUCCAACUUGGAGAAGUUCCAGCUGCGGAUAGCGCAGCAUGAGCUCUAUGAGGAAGAAGAGGUGUUAGUGGACGCGGUCCUCAAGGAUAUGUCAUCUUUACCUAUUAUACAUGCUGAACAAAAGGAAGGUGGGACGCAGCUCAAAUUGAUUAUCGACUAUCCAAACGGGAUCCAAGCACUUUUCAAGCCGAUGAGGUUUGCAAGAGACGUUCAAACUUUACCAAACCAUUUCUACUUUUCCGACUACGAAAGGCACAACGCUGAAAUAGCUGCUUUUCAUCUCGACAGGAUAUUAGGUUUCCGUCGCGCCAUGCCGGUCGUGGGCCGAGUGCUCAACAUGACUACGGAGAUCUAUGACGUCACCGAAGGAGACAUCCUCAAGACAUUCUUCGUGUCGCCCGCGAACAACUUCUGUUUCCACGGGAAGUGUUCGUAUUACUGUGACACGGGACAUGCAAUCUGCGGCAACCCGGAUAUGUUGGAGGGGAGCUUUGCUGCGUUCUUGCCGUCUUCCGAUUUGGCUGAACGAAAGGUAUGGAGACAUCCAUGGAGAAGAUCUUAUCACAAGAGAAGAAAAGCUCAAUGGGAACUGCAGUCUGAUUAUUGCGAUACGGUGCGGACGACGGCGCCUUACGACUCGGGCCGGCGGCUGCUCGACCUUAUGGACAUGGCCGUCUUCGACUUCCUCACCGGCAAUAUGGACCGGCACCACUACGAAACCUUCAAAAUGUUCGGCAAUGAGACGUUCACAUUGCACUUGGACCAAGGACGAGCGUUCGGGAAGGCGUUCCACGACGAACUGAGCAUCCUCGCGCCCUUACUGCAGUGCUGUGUCCUCAGGCACACCACAUUGCGGAACUUACUCAAGUUCCACAACGGAAUUCCACUUUCGAAAUACCUUCGGGAGUCCAUGAAGAUAGAUCCAGUAGCACCUAUUCUCUGGGAACCACAUUUAGCUGCUCUGGACAGACGAAUAGUCACCAUCCUAGACGCCAUUAGAAAAUGUGUCGAUAAAACUAACAAUCCUUUGCAAGCUGAAGUAAACGACUUUGUAUGA